AGUGACAGUGAUUGCUUGUGUCGCGUAGUAGCGAUGCAUUUCUGGAUAACCUUCGCUACUAAAAUAUUGGCCUCGCCGACUUUCCGUAGCAUGCCGUCUUCUUCGUGGUUGGUCAACUGUUGGCAUGACGACCCCACUAACAAGUCAUCGGAGGUAGAAAACUUUACCCUGUUGAACUCCUCCGAGCAGACACACACUGAAAAAUGACUUCAUGCCUGGUUCCCGACUUCCCAGCCGUCAUGGUUGCUCUGGAGCACAUAAAGGAGCUGGACAAGCAGCUGAAAGAGGAUGGAGCACCAUUUUCACCUGAAGCCAGCCUCCAUCUGACAGAGAUAACAACUGCUAUCAGUGAACUGGAGGCAGACCGGCGUGCUACUCAUGAACAUUUAGAGGUUGAAACCAUAGAAAACAGCAAGCUCAGACACCAACUGAACACCACAAGAGAAAGAAUGAGCCAGGAAAUGAUGGCUGACGUGGCGGCAGCCCGAGCAGCCAAUGCAGAUGAGAUAAAGCAGCUACACCGAGACCUCAACUCAGUUUCCCAGGUUCAAGGGAGCACCAUGAAGAGACAGGAGGCCCUUUUGAGCCAAAAUGGAGCACUGCAACCAGAAAGAGAGCAGGUGAAAGCUGAACAUGAAGAGAUCAUAGGAUCUCUGAAUGAUCAAAUCACCCGUAAGUAUGGCUUGCAGAAUAAGCUGGACCAGACACAGGAGCAAACAGAAGAGCUGAAGUCCUCCAUAGCUGCAGUCAAACAGGAGAAAAUAACACUACAGCAAAAUAUGGUGCUGGAAAGAGAGGCCUUCUCUGUAAAGAAAGACAGCCUGUCAGAAGAAGAGAACCAGGCAGGGGAGAAGAUUAAGCAGCAGAAACAAACAGUCAGUGGAUGCAGGGAGGAGUUAGAAAAAGUCAAUGAUCAGAAACUGGAAAACAACACACUUCUGGGAAACCUUACAAUUAACCUGGCCAAGCUGGAGAGCAGUAUUCGAAGACUGACAGAGUCUCGGUGCCGGUGUGAGAAACAGCUAGAAGGGGAGAGCCAAAAGCAUCAAGAGUUAAAGUCUCAGAAAGAAACACUGAGGAAGAAAUUAAGUGACUUAAAGGAAGAGUUCAGAGUUGCUAUCCAAUGUCUUCAAGAGCAGAUUGCCACAGUUGAAGAUAAAAGGGAAGAGGGUCGAACAUCAAUAUUGCUCCAUCAAGAUUCUCUCGCACAAAUCUAUGAGAUAUUCAAUCGUCAGCAGGAAAAGGAGGACGAAGUCAGGGCAGAGUAUUUCCAUGUCUCACAGCAGCUGGAGCAGUCCAAGCUGCAGCUAGAGGAGCGCAUCGCCUCUAUCGUCAAACACAGCAAGGAGAUCAACGAGAUGGACAAACUGAUCGGAGAACUCCUGGAAGCAGAUACAAUCAACAAACGCAUGUUUGAGAUAAAUCAGGAAGAGAUUUGUGGUAAUGUGGAUACGAAGAGGAAGAACAUCAGCUAUUAUGAGGAAGAGAAGAUGCGGCUUACAACGCUCUUGAAGGAGUCAAAGAAGAUGCAAGAGGAGCACGUGCAUAAUACGGAAAGUGAUAUCAGCACCACGUGGAGAAGAUACAAAGAGCUUCAACAUGAGCAGGCUGCACUCCAUCAGCGACAGCCCAAGAGCAGGGAUGCAGACUUGCUGAGGAGCUAUAUGGACCAGUGUGUGGUGGAGCACCAACAGAAGGAGACCACAUGCCAUCUGGAAUUAAAGCAGUGCAACACAGAGACUGAGAGCAUCAUGAGGAGCAACAAGGAGAAGCAGACGGAAGUGGAAGAGAAGGUGGAGAUGCUGAAAGAGGUGGAGGCAAAGUGGGAUGAAGAGCAUUCCAGGCACCUGAGGCUGAAAGCGUUGACCUCAGAUCUUAGGAGGAAGAAGAGCCAUCUGGAGCUGACCAUUGAGGGGCUGAAGGAGAAAACCAGCUGUCUUCUUCAGCCCAGAGAGGAGAUGAAGGCUGAGCUGGAGGAGCUGCGAGUGAGUCACAUGAACCUUCUAGACACACAGGCCUCAGACCUGAGAGCCGUCGAGAUCGACCUCUAUGACAAUAGAGUGAAACUGGAGCAGGUCAGCAUCGAGAACAGCAGGCUGCAUCUACGUAUCAGUGAGAUGACGGAGAGUGUUGGCAGAGCCAGGGGGGACGAAGACCGGUACUGGGAGGAGGUCCAACAGUUGAAGCAGCAGAGAGCAGCCUGGUGCAAGAGCUUACAAGAAGCAUGGAGAGAGGACUUAUCGGUAACCCAGGACUUUCAGAGCAGGGAUGGUGUUUUGUUGAUGUCCCUGACUGCCACUCUGGACCAUCUGAAAAGAAGGAAACAACAGUUAGGGAGCAUUAGCACACUUCUACACCAACAGAUGUUAGGUUUCAGCAAACGACUGGGAGAUAAAGCAACUGUAAAACAGCAGAGUUGAAAAGGACUUCUGUUUGAGGUUGGAAGACAAGACCUGUAGUGUCUGUUCUUAUAAAUCUUAAUAAUAAAGCUUACAAACAAGGAGGUUGAAGGAUUCCAGGUCUACUGUUUUUUAAUGAAACCUCAAGAAAUGGCCAAAUUCAAAUUAUGGACAUAGCUGUCCUGUCAGAAUAGACCUCAGAAAACAGAAAUCCAAACUGUCUGUUCACAUUGUAUUGUUGUAUUACAUUAGAUGCUGUCUAAGUUUAAGUGCAUAGUGGCUUGGUGAAGCAUUUAUACUCUGCCUUAAUCACUUGGACAAAGUAGCUAUUGUUUCUGUACUGAGUGAGGGAAAUAAAUGUUAACAUGAUAUAAUUUA